ACCAUGUAUUCUUUGAAAAAGCCCGUAAUGAUUCGAGAGGUGUGGGCUCGAAACCUGGUAGAGGAAUUGUUUUUGAUUGAUCAGAUUAUGCCCCAUUACCCAUACAUUGCCAUGGAUACCGAAUUCCCGGGUACAAUCUUUUCUCCGGCGAUUGAGAAACAUCGACUCUCUCAGCUCUCUCCCGACCAAAACUACUCUGUCAUGAAGGCGAACGUCGAUGCCCUCAAGCUCAUUCAACUAGGCCUCACCCUCUCCGACUCUGGUGGGAAUCUCCCUGGAACCCAUUGCUUCUACGUUUGGGAAUUCAAUUUCCGGGAUUUCAACGUCGAUGUCGAUUCCUCCAACCCGGAUUCUAUCGCUCUGCUGAAACAACAAGGAAUCGAUUUCCAAAGGAACAAGAAAUACGGCAUUGACUCGGCGGAAUUCAGGCGUCUGCUUCUGAGUUCGAGAAUCCUUUCACCGAUGGUACAUUGGAUCACCUUCCACGGCGCCUACGAUUUCGGAUUUCUGCUCAAGAUUUUGACAAGGAGAAGGUUGCCAGAGGACCUCAGCAUGUUCAUGGGGUUGGUGAAUACCUACUUUGGUGGGGCUGUGUACGACAUGAAACACAUGAUGCAGAACUGUGAUGGAUUAUAUGGUGGGCUGGAGAGGGUGGCCAAAACCCUAGGAGUCGAUCGUGUGGCUGGAAAGAGUCAUCCAGCUGGUUCAGAUAGUCUACUCAUAAUGCAAACAUUGGUGAAGCUAAUAGCGUUGUACUUUGGUGGAAAAGAGGGGAAACAAACUAUUGAGUUUCGCUCCGCGUUGUAUGGAUUGAUUUAACGUGAACGAGUAAGAUUCUGUCU